AUGGCUUUGUUUUUGGGGCUGAUGAAGAACCACGACAACAAGAAGCAGAUUAGCUGCUUUUCACUUGCUGCAGUUCUAUUGAUGUUCAUCAUCUUUGGCGCAGCGAAAACGCAAGCACAAGAUCAAAAUUCUUGUUGCAUCGGUUGCAAUGCUGAUUGGUAUAGCUGUAAGUUCAAUUUACAAGUGUGUGAGCAGUCUCUAGGCUCUGGUUACUGCCCCGACGACGAAUGCGACAUUGACAGAGAAUCGUGUUUUAGUCAAUGCGGCGACGAUCCAGCUAACUUCUACUGUAACGCGCUUGACGGAAAACAAUGUUGCGACAGCUGCUACUAUGCUUAUUGUGACAGUUCUGGUCAAUGCGACGAUGAUAAAGCCACUUGUGACGGUAUUUGCAAUUUUGCUAUCGAUGCCAAUUGUGGUUGAUCCAUCCAUCCAUCCCUCCCACCGUACUCUCCUGUCUCAAAG